GGUUGAACACAUAUUUCCACAACAAGGAAACAUACUGCAGUCUUUUUGGCAACAGAAAACACAUGUCAAAGGGGACUCCCAUCCAGAGGACAACACUGACUGAUCUGGUAUCUGGGAUUCAAUUAAGAACCAAUAUCAGCUAAGAUGGCUCCUGUUAAUGAUGUCAUGGCAUGGGCAGAGUCAUUCGACCAUCUAUUGGAGUGCAAAACAGGCCAGCUGGUGUUCGAGGACUUCCUGAGGACGCAAUACAGUGAGGAGAACCUUCUAUUUUGGCUGGCCUGCGAAGACUAUAAAAAAACUACCAGUGUGACAGAAAUGACGGUUGCUGCCAAAAGGAUUUACGCCGAGUUUGUCCAAGUCGAUGCGCCUCGACAGAUAAACAUUGACUGUGUGACGAGAGAAGAAAUCAGUGAAAAUAUCUCUCAACCGGGACCAAAUUGCUUCGACAGGGCACAGAAACUGAUAUAUGGUCUGAUGGAAAACGAUUGUUAUCCACGAUUUCUGAAAUCAGAAAUCUACCAAGCUCACCUGGAACAGGCUGAACAGCAAUGAAAGCAACGUGGAGAAAUAACUCGUCCGAUGCCUCUCUGAAUGAUUGAUUCAGCACUUCAGAAGACUCUGCUCAGAAUCUCAGUUUAAACAAAAAGGCCUGUCAGGGGAAAUGAAACUAAAAGGCGAUAUGGAGCUGUUGGUAUGGGGAUCUAAAAGCCAAAUAUCAUCUAAAUAAUGUAUUAAGACCUUUUGAAACCAGUUUUUGUUUGGAUUGCUUUUUAUUGCAUAAACCCCUGUAACUCAGAAAAGUUUAAUAUCAUGUUUUGACAGGUUGACAUUUUUGUUUGUCUUUGUGUACACAAAUUAGUACAUACCCUUUAAAUGCUUGGAAUACUUUGUUUCUUAAGAGUUCAUUUUUAGAACGAUACAGUAUGCAACAGAAUUGAGUACACUCCUGUGUAAUAUCAGUUAAAUGUCCAAUGCAAGGAAACUGAAUCACCUUACAAAUCCUGCAUUACUUCUAAGAUGAACAGUAGUAUAUUUGCUCUUAUGUAAAAAUAAAUCUAAUAGUUUAGCUCUACCAUGUAAAAAAAAAAAAAGUACAGGCUUCACAGUAGGAACUCCAGUCAGCAAAAGUCAGUACACCUUUUAUUACUAAGGUAAACAAUAGGUUGUGUGUCCAUUUUCAUUUUUGAUGACACAUUCAAUCCUCUUUGGACGAUACCAGUGUGCUGCACAGAUCUUUAGAGGAAUGCAUGCUUCACAUAACAUUUUUUACACAUUCUUUGCAGGGUUAAGGGGUUGUGUUGCCCUACCUUUGUCUUUAAAAUACCCCAAAAGUGUUACGAGGUCAUACUUUUCUUGUUUUUCUUUUGGCAGUGCAUUGU